GACUGCCAAUCAGAAUGGGGAGGGCACUUCCGGUGCGACCGGCAGCUUAGUCUGUGGCUCGGUGGUUAAAGGUGGGUCUCCUGUUCUGUGUGCUGGGCUGUGACUGCCUGCUGGGAGCCAGGAGGAGAGCGGGUGAGCAUGGAAUCCGCCAUGGAAGCAGUGACCUAUGAGGAUGUGCAUGUGAACUUCACUCAUGAAGAGUGGGCUUUGCUGGAUCCUUCCCAGAAGAGUGUCUACAAAGAUGUGAUGCUGGAAACCUACUGGAGCCUCACUAUUGUAGGGUACAAAUGGGAAGACCACAAUAUUGAAGAAUAUUAUCAAAAUUCUACAAGACAUGAAAGGUGUGUCAUCUGUCACUCUGGAUACAAUCCAUGGGGGCAUAAUGGGUAUGGAAAGAAGCAUUGUACUUCUGGCACUCUCAGAUCAAAUGGAAGAUAUGUGGUAGUCCCCACUAUGAGAAGACACGAUGACUGUGAUAUAAGUUUACAAUUACUUGGUUUUCCAACUUCAGUGGGAAUACACCAACAAACUCUCAUUGGAGAAAAACCUAAUGAGUACCAGGAAUAUGGAAAUUCAUCUCUCUCUACUGGUUCACUGUGCAUAUGUAGUGUGGCUCACAGUAUAAGAAAAUGUUAUAAAUGCAAUCAGUCUGGUCAGACCGAGUUCUUCAAGUUUUCUUCAAAGAUGUGAAAAAUCUCAUGUGGGAAGAGAAAAUAAUGAUUGUGAGUCAUCUACUAAAGGCUUUAGGCUUGACAGGCAUCGUCAGUCACACCAAAGAACCAAUAACGAAGA